GUUCUGUUCAAAGUUGAGAUUCAUUGCGGAAGCCUUCACUCGCCGCCGCCGUUGCCACUGACUGGUACAGAGGACAAGAGAAGGGAGUGAUGGUGUUGGUGUCUAAUUCUAGUCACCAAAACAAGGAAAUACAUAUCAGAAGGAGAAUCUCUGAGAUAUACAAUAAAAGGGAAGAGGAUUUUGCAUCACUUAAGGACUACAAUGACUACUUGGAAGAAGUGGAGUGCAUGGUAUUCGAUCUGGUAGAUGGAAUCAAUGUUGAGGCGAUUGAAGAGAAGAUCAAAAAGUACUCUCAAGAGAAUGCUGAACAGAUUAUGAUUAACCGUGCCCGCAAGGCUGAAGAUUUAACUGCAGCCUUGGCGGCUUGCAAGGCCCAACAACCACAAACUGAUGCUGACACGUCGUCAAACAAUGGGAGUACGUCUGGAGCUGCAUACAGCCAGGCUCCAAGACCAACGGGAAUGGGACCACAGCCUGUACCUAUAGGAGGAGGAGCAGAUCAUCAACGUUACUCUAUGGAAGACGAAGCGAUGAUGAGGCUCAAAGCAGAGAGAGCUCCACGGGCUGGAGGAUUUUCUUUGGAGAUAAGCAAGAAGAGGGCUUUGGAAGAAGCUUUUGCAAGCAUUUGGGUCUGAUUCCUCGAGAGAGAGACUUUACUUCUAUAUUCAAGACAGUGAGAUAUUGACUGUUGAGCUUUGAGUAUCGAAGUAACUAGAGUUUCCAUUAUUGACUCAGUUCAUUGUGUUACUCGUGCGUUGCUUUUCUUUGUAUAGUUGACAAGACUCGGUUAUAAACAUCAAGGAAACAAAACUUUCCUCA